CGGUCAGAGGAAGAACAGGCAGGUCAGAGUCAGGUCAGAGCCAACUUAGCCCUCCGUCCCAUAUGCACUGGUUCUACCACCCACCCACACAAUGCAAAUCUGAGCAUUGACCUACAAGAGAAGGAACAAGACGCAGAGCUCUUACCGUCUAUCUAUGUUUGGUGGACGUUGAACACACGUUGUCAGACGGGUGUGUGUUGUCUCUUCCUAUCAGAGAUUUGUAGAUGAGAGGUCACAACCAAAUACUAUAGGCCACUAUCAGCCAGGCUUUUCACCAGGCCACUCUUAGCCAGUAAAGCAUGUCACUGUAUUUUUACUCCAGUAAUCUGGUCAGAAUUAAUGGUUAAAGUGAUAAGACAGGCUGUUUCCAGAGGGAAAGUUUGGGCCACCAUGCUUGUUAUGUAUACAGGUGAUCUACUUUUGACAGAUUGUUUUGGACAGCGUCUGAUUUAGCCCUUGUAAGUAGCUUGGCGCUAAGCUGACAGUGUGAGUCAGUGGCCUGUUGUUGUUGGGGACUAACAUGCACCCUUGGAUGCAGCCGCCGUGUUCUUGACAAUUCACUGAAGUGAGGCAUUGAAUUGAAUCCCUGCUGAAGUACCACUUUGGAUGGCCAGCCAUUUUAGCUUAAUGUGUCAGUGACUACUGAUGCAGUGAUUCACUGGUGACGCUAGAGUGUAGUUGUCACACUUGCUUGUCUACAUUUUAGUAAUUUAGCAGACGCUCUUAUCCAGAGUGACUUAUAGUAGUGAGUGCAUACAUAUUCAUACUUUAUUUUCUCCAUAUUGGUCCACCAUGGGAAUCAAACCAACAACCCUGGCGUUGCAAGUGCCAUGCUCUACCAACUGAGCCACACCGGACCUCUAGUGUGGGUAGGGCCAGGACUAAUAGCACUCUGCUGAUGUGUCUUGGGCUGAUCUGAUGACUGGGUUGUUGUAGGUUGAAUAGCCAGGAGAGUUACGGUGGACAUAGUAAAUCUGGAUUCUAUGGUUAACUGUAGUAUCAAGGAAGGUCAGAAGGAGAUUGGUGCCUUGGCUAAUGGCUAGGCUUGGGCUCUCUUCUGAAACGGCCGGAGUAACUGUCUUACUUCCUUCCGCAUAACAUUGAGUAGUACAAGCAGGUCAGACCUGUAUGUUGGCCUCCUCUUAAAUCUCAACCAGGACUGGCUGGAGCCAGAAAUGCUGCUGUAACUAAAGGUCAGAAGGCUUAAGGCCAUAGCCAGCUUAAAGCACAGAAAAACUGGGUCAUGACGUAGGAAGUGACCUAAAAUGUUCGGCCUUUGAAUUUUGUUUGAGUGAAAUGUUUUCACCAUCAGCAGGGAGAAUUUGUAUUUCUUUCAUUCCUCAUUACAUUUUCACACCAACUACAAAAGACUACAGUCAUUUGAUUGGGAAUUGUUGUAAUUGUCAAGCUGUUUAAAUGGACGAAUCUCAAGUAAAUACACUGACAUCUGUCUCUAUUAGCUUACUGUCAUAAGAUGCUCACCGCUAGCCACCAAUCAAAUUACAGCUGUUUUGAUGAAGCCAUCCAAUUAAGUGCUUCAUUUCAGCAUGCUAAUCCACUGAAUAAUGAAGGGCAGAAUGUGAAACGGUGUCAACUGCUGACCUGCUGCUCUGUGCAAUAGAAAUCUAUUAGGUGUUACGUAACAUCCACAGAGCGAUUGCAGAGGCACAUGUCGAGGCUGGCUGAUGAGGAGGUUGCCUUAAGUCAAUUUACAGACAAAAUGUAGUUGUCUGCCUGAGCUCAGCUGACUAGAGGCACUGAUAACAGGGCCCCAGAAAAGCUUAAAUAACAUAUCUUCUGUGUUUGUGAGAGUGUGUCUGUCUGUCGGUCUGUCUAUCUGUGUGUGUCUGUGUUCUCUGUGCACCACCUGCUGGUUAAAAUGUGCAACCACCGUUGUUUUGCUUCCCUGUGGGUGUAGCCAGUUGUAGAAUUUUUUAGAUUAAAUAGUAAUUGACAUGAUGAGCAUGUAUAGAAUAAGACGGACAUAAGAAUAUAGUCCAUCUUCACAUGCAAGGCUGGUAUUGAUUCUAGAGCAGGGAUGUCAAACAAAUGUUUCCCCGGGGGGCGCAUACGGUCUUCAACGAGGUCCGGAGGGCCGCACAAAAUGUGUUAUAUUUCCUUGCGUCAAGAUUUGCAACAAAUAGUCCUCUAUCCAUAGUUUUUCUGAAUAUUUUAUGCUCCCUGACUGUCUAGCUUUCAUUUCAUUUUUUACUUAAACCACCCAUGGGCCACAUUGGACCGGGCCGUAUGUUUGACACCCCUGUUCUAGAGGAUCACCUUGGUAAAGCACAACCAUGUUAACAAAGAGAAUGGCAGAAUACUAUGAUGUAAACAGGCACACGUGAGUUAGUUUCCCCCUAAGUGGCCUCCUAAGCAAUACAAAUAGUCCGGGUGGCCAUUUGAUUAGAUGUUCAGGAAUCUUAUGGCUUGGGGGUAGAAGCUGUUUAGAAGCCUCUUGGACCUAGACUUGGCGCUCCGGUACCGCUUGCCGUGCGGUAGCAGAGAGAACAGUCUAUGACUAGGGUGGCUGGAGUCUUUGACAAUUUUUAGGGCCUUCCUCUGACACCGCCUGGAUGGCAGGAAGCUUGGCCGCAGUGAUGUACUGGGCCGUACGCACUACUCUCCGUAGUGCCUUGCGGUUGGAGGCAGAGCAGUUGCCAUACCAGGCAGUGAUGCAACCAGUCAGGAUGCUCUAGAUGGUGCAGCUGUAGAACCUUUUGAGGAUCUGAGGACCAAUGCCAAAUCUUUUCAGUCUCCUUAGGGGGAAUAGGUUUUGUCGUGCCCUCUUCACGACUGUCUUGGUGUGCUUGAACCAUCUUAGUUUGUUGGUGAUGUGGACACCAAGGAACUUGACGCUCUCAACCUGCUCCACUACAGCCCCGUCGAUGAGAAUGGGGGCGUGCUCGGUCCUCUUCUUUUUCCUGUAGUCCACAAUCAUCUCCUUUGUCUUGAUCACGUUGAGGGAGGGGUUGUUGUCCUGGCACCACACGGCCAGAUGUCUGACCUCCUCCCUAUAGGCUGUCUCGUCGUUGUCGGUGAUCAGGCCUACCACUGUUGUGUCAUCGGCAAACUUAAUGAUGGUGUUGGAGUCAUGCCUGGCCAUGCAAUCAUGAGUGAACAGGGAGUACAGGAGGGGACUUAGCACGCACCCCUGAGGGGCCCCCGUGUUGAGGAUCAGCGUGGCGGAUGUGUUGUUACCUACCCGUAACACCUGGGGGCGGCCCGUCAGGAAGUCCAGGAUCCAGUUGCAGAGGGAGGUGUUAAGUCCCAGGGUCCUUAGCUUAGUGAUGAGCUUUGAGGGCACUAUGGUGUUGAACGCUGAGCUGUAGUCAAUGAAUAGCAUUCUCACAUAGGUGUUCCUUUUGUCCAGGUGUGAAAGGGCAGUGUGUAGCGCAAUAGAGAUUGCAUCAUCUGUGGAUCUGUUGGGGAUGUAUGCAAAUUGGAGUGGGUCUAGGGUUUCUGGGAUAAUGGUGUUGAUCUAAGCCAUGACCAGCCUUUCAAAGCACUUCAUGGCUACAGAUGUGAGUGCUACGGGUCGGUAGUCAUUUAGGCAGGUUACCUUAGUGUUCUUGGGCACAGGGACUAUGGUGGUCUGCUUGAAACAACAUGUUGGUAUUACAGACUCAGACAGGGAGAGGUUGAAAAUGUCAGUGAAGACACUUGCCAGUUGGUCAGCGCAUGCUCGCAGUACACAUCCUGGUAAUCCGUCUGGCCUUGCGGCCUUGUGAAUGUUGACCUGUUUAAAGGUCUUACUCACAUCGGCUACGGAGAGCGUGAUCACACAGUCGUCCGGAACAGCUGAUGCUCUCAUGCAUGUUUCAGUGUUACUUGCCUCGACGCGAGCAUAGAAGUAAUUUAGCUCGUCUGGUAGGCUCGUGUCACUGGGUAGCUCGCGGCUGUGCUUCCCUUUGUAGUCUGUCAUAGUUUGCAAGCCCUGCCACAUCCGACGGAGCCGGUGUAGUACGAUUCGAUCUUAGUCCUGUAUUGACGCUUUUCCUGUUUGAUGGUUCGGCAGAGGGCAUAGCAGGAUUUCUUAUAAGCUUCUGGGUUAGAGACCCGCACCUUGAAAGCGGCAGCUUUACCCUUUAGCUCAGUGCGGAUGUUGCCUGUAAUCCAUGGCUUCUGGUUGGGGUAUGUACGUACAGUCACUGUGGGGACAACGUCAUCAAUGCACUUAUUGAUGAAGCCAGUGACUGAUGUGGUGUACUCCUCAAUGCCAUCGGAAGAAUCACGGAACAUAUUCCAGUCUGUGCUAGCAAAACAGUCCCGUAGCUUAGCAUCUGCUUCAUCUGACCACUUUUUUAUUGACCGAGUCACUGGUGCUUCCAGCUUUAGUUUUUGCUUGUAAGCAGGAAUCAGGAGGAUAGAAUCAUGGUCAGAUUUGCCAAAUGGAGGGCGAGGGAGAGCUUUGUACGUGUGUCUGUGUGUGGAGUAAAGGUGGUCUAGAGUUUUUUUCCCUCUGGUUGCAUGUUUAACAUGCUGGUAGAAAUAAGGUAAAACAGAUUUAAGUUUCCCUGCAUUAAAGUCCCCGGCCACUAGGAGCGCCGCCUCUGGAUGAGCGUUUUCCUGUUUGCUUAUAGCCGUAUACAGUUCAUUGACUGCGGUCUUAGUGCCAGCAUCGGUUUGUGGUGGUAAAUAGACAGCUACGAAGAAUAUACAUGUAAACUCUCUUGGUAGAUAGUGUGGUCUACAGCUUAUCAUGAGAUACUCUACCUCAGGCGAGCAAAACCUUGAGACUUCCUUAGAUAUCGUGCACCAGCUUUUGUUUACAAAUAUACAUAGACCGCCACCCCUUGUCUUACCAGAGGCUGCUGUUCUAUCCUGCCGAUACAGUGUAUAACCCGCCAUCUGUAUGUUAUUCAUGUCUUCGUUCAGCCACGACUCGGUUAAACAUAAGAUAUUACAGUUUUUAAUGUCCCGUUGGUAGGAUAUACGUGCCUUUAGUUCGUCCACUUCAUUAUCAAGCGAUUGUAAGUUGGUCAAUAGUAUCGAUGGCAAAAGCAGAUUAGCCACUCGUCGCCGGCUCCUUACCAGGCACCCCGAUCUCCUUCCGCGAUAUCUACUUUUCUUUCUACUGCGAAUGACGGGGAUGAGGGCCCUGUCGGGUGUCUGGAGCAAAUCCCUCUCGUCCGACUCAUUAAAUAAAAAUUAUUUGUCCAGUUCAAGGUGAGUAAUCGCUGUUCUGAUGUCCAGAAGCUCUUUUCGGUCAUAAGAGACGGUAGCAGCAACAUUAUGUACAAAAAGUUACAAACAAUACGAAAAAACACACAAAAUAGCACGGUUGGUUAAAAUUCCAUAAAACGGCAGCCAUCCGCUCCGGCGCCUUCUAACUUGUUUUCCUUUGCCUUUCUCCUGCAGUGCUGCCCUCAGCUGCCAGGAACACCCCCAGCCCCAUCGAUCCAGAGUCCAUUCAAGUUCCAGUGGGCUACGAGCCCGACCCUGCAGACCUGGCCCUGUCCAGCGUGCCCGGACAGGAGAUGUUUGACCCCCGAAAACGCAAGUUCGCCCCAGAGGAGCUCAAACCACAGCCCAUGAUCAAAAAGGCACGCAAGGUCUUCAUCCCUGAAGAUCUCAAGGUAACCUACCUGGAACCUACUUAUGUGGACGGUUCAAAGUCUUCGCCACUUGUUUGGCCAAAGACUUUAAGCACCAUGUUUUCUUAUGUUAUGUAAGCAGUAAGUGGACUUAUUCCACCUAAAUAACCAGAAGUAUUUUAAACCACAGUAUAAGGAGGAGCGUUGGCACAAACCCAAAACCGGCAGCAUUUUCAGGGAGGAUAGUGAGGAGGCGAACUUGGCCAGGAUUUAGAUUGACAGGUUUAGCCCUGGUCAUUCACCCUUAACCCGGGUCAUAUGAUGUCGUCGUUCAUCAGUUGUGGGAAGAUGUGUAUCACGUACUAUUUUGUUUGUUGAGGUAAGAUGGCUUCCUGCAGGGUGUAAAGGAUAUUGAAUGUGUCAGGCAGUUUUAAACAACAUUAUGGAAAUGUAAUGAGUGAAAAUGAUGACAGAUAAAACAAUAGGCCACAUUUGGAAUACUGUUUAUUACUCAGGUGAAUCACACAUAUUUUUACGAUACCACAGGUAGUGUGAAAAAAUUGGAAUCACAGCAGUGUGAUUCACCUCCCUUUCCAGGAUGACAAGUACUGGGCCAGACGCAGAAAGAACAACGUAGCAGCCAAGAGGUCACGGGAUGCCAGGCGACUGAAGGAGAACCAAAUUGCCAUCCGGGCUGGCUUCCUGGAGAAGGAGAACAGUGCGCUUCGCUCAGAGGUGGCCGACUUGAGGAAGGAGCUGGGCCGCACCAAGAACAUUGUGGCCAAAUACGAGGCUCGGCACGGGCCCCUGUGA